UUUUCUGUCAGUGUGAGAGAGGCUGUCAGUAAAAUGGCUGAGCAGCAGGAGCAGGGAUUGUUGCUGGACAGAGAUCAGUUGUGUUGUUCAGUGUGUCUGGACCUCUUCAACCAGCCAGUCACUCUUCUCUGUGGACACAGUUACUGUAAAGACUGUAUAGAGAGCCGCUGGGACACGGAUGAAGAGAAGGGAGUGUGCAGCUGUCCUCAGUGCAGACAGAUCUUCAGCCCGAGGCCUGCCCUUGUGAAGAACAACGUGCUGGCUCAGAUUGUGGAGAAUGUGAAGACAACAGGGAACCAGCAGGCCUCUCCCUCUGCAGAUGUGUCCUACGCUGGCCCCACAGAUGUGGCCUGUGAUUUCUGCACAGGGACUCGACUCCGCAAAGCACUUAUGACCUGUUCAAUGUGCCUGGCAUCCUUUUGUUCCACUCACCUCCAGCCUCACUACACUGUUCCUGUGCUGAAGAAGCACAAGCUGGUCUCUGCCACGGCCCGACUGCAGGAGAAGAUGUGCUCCAGUCAUGACAAGCUGAUGGAGGUGUACUGUCGUACAGACCAGCAGUGUAUCUGCUAUCUGUGCACCAUGGAUGAACAUAAAGGCCACGAUACAGUGUCGGCUGCAGCAGAAAGGGCUGAAAUACAGAAACAGCUGGAUGUUAGUCGUCAGAAAGCCCAGCAGAGAAUCCAGGAGAGAGAGAAGGAGAUUGAGAUGCUGAGACAGGCUGUGGAGGAUCUGAAGAGCUCUGCACAGACCGCAUUGGAGGACAGUGAGAGGAUCUUCACUGAGCUGAUGGCCUCUAUUGAGAGGGGGCACAGUGAGGUGAAGGAGCUCAUCAGAGCCCAGGAGAAGACUGCAGUCAGUCAGGCUGAAGAACUUCUUCUGCAGCUGGAGGAGGAGAUAGAAGAGUGGAGGAGGUGCAGUACUGAGCUGGAGCAGCUGUCACACACUGAAGACCAAAUCCAUUUCAUUCAGAAAUUCAAGUCUCUCUCCGUCCUGGCUGGUUCUCUGGAAUCACAGAGCAUUGUUGUCCAUCCUCUGCCUUACUUCAGCGAUGUGACUGAUGCUGUGUCUGACCUCAGAGACAAACUAGACGAUAUCAUGAAGGACACAUGGCCCAGGAUUUCAUCUACAGUGUCUGCUGUAGAUGUCUUACUGCCGCCAGAACCAAAGACCAGAGAAGACUGUUUACUGUAUUGUCGUCCUGUCACGCUGGAUGUGAACUCUGUCCAUCAACUUCUAUCCCUGUCAGAGGAGAACAGGAGGGUGACACGGACAGGCAGAGGCUUCUAUUAUCCUCCUCAUUCAGACAGGUUCAUGGACUAUUGCCAAGUGCUGUGCCAGGAGGGCUUAUCUGGACGCUGUUAUUGGGAGGUGACAUUAAGUGGUGAGGUUGAUAUAGCAGUGUCAUACAAAGACAUCGAAAGAUCAUCACGUGACUCAAUGUUUGGUUUUAAUGACAAGUCCUGGAGUUUAAGGUGCUCUGCGGGUCAUUACUGCUUCAUACACAAUGGUGUAGAAACAGAGGUGUCAGGUCCUUCCACCUCCAGAGUAGGAGUGUUCCUGUAUCCCAAGGCAGGUGUUUUGUCUUUCUACGGCAUCUCUGACACAACAACCCUCCUCCACAAAGUCAACACCUCUUUCACUCAGCCUCUCUAUCCUGGACUUGGGCUGAGGAAUAAUGGAAUGGCUACAGAGGUGAUGAAGUUAUGGUAGGGAAGAUUUUGAUUAUGUGUCAUGAUUUGUUCUGUGUUUGAAAUAUAUGGUUGGAAAUAGUUCAGGAGUUGAAAGGCCAGAGCUGUCCUCAGAGGAAGACGUGUUUGGUGGACGGGUUUCUUUCACCAGUUUAAUUUCUUUGUCUGUCUCAAAAGAAUCUCAGUUCUUAUCCAGGGGGACAACGUGGGUGCUAAAAAGCAGCAACUGAUGGAUGUGGUUUGAUCAGAAUGAGAGUGAAGGGAGGUUCAUUCAGCACCCACAUACACAGAUUGAUAAAUAAAGCCAGUUUUAAAGACCUUUUUUAGUCUUAGUAAAAGAUUUGGGUUGUUAUGGAAGAGCAAGGUGAAGGAAAUCAAACUACUGAUGAUCAAUAUUGUAACUUCUUCACCGUGCACCACAUUUUGUAAUGAGGAUGGUGUUUUCUUUUCAUUAUUGUCAGGUAACAGUUUGAAAACAAAAAAGUAUAAAAGGAGUAUACAUUAAAUGAAUGAUAUUUAUCGACUUGUUUGUUGUUAUUCAGACCAGUAGAAUCUGUUUUAGACAGACAGGAGCUAAAAACAUGGUGUGUAAACAUCCAAAUGGAAGAUUGUGUGUGGUUCAUAUUUAAUAGAUAGACACUGAAUGAAAACAUCCACAUCAGAACAGGACAAACCUCGAUGGAUCAGAUGAGGUGUUGAAAGACUUCACCCUGCUAUUAGGUACCCCCUUCUCUCUCCUUCUCUCUGAAAUCCCCUUCAGGUUCAGGUGUCGAAUUUACUGGAUUCAAGUUAUGAUUGUGUGUUUUAGAGAAAUGUUUAUGAUGUGUAGGACUUUAAAAAUAUGCGAGUCAGAUUCCUGUUUAUUGAUCGUUUCUCUGUAAUGUUAAAUACACUGGUGUUUUGUUCCUGAUAACGUGUAAAUAAAAGCUAUGUUUUAUGCAGUGUGUGUGUGUCUAUGUGACAGAGAGAGAGAGACAGAAGUAGUUGUUGCUCACCUGUGUGCUUCCAUGUACACGUUUUGCAGGUGAACAUGUGUGUAAGUUUGUAUUAGUGGCUUCAUUGAUGUGUUAAUAUGUCCCAGUAACAGCAAGACGUCUGUCGUGUUUCCAGUACUGUGGACUGUACUUCCUUAUUGAAUGUACAUUAAUUUUAUAUGCUGAC